AUCAAUUAGACGGCUUUGUGCACCACGUCCGUACUGUUUCACAUAGCCGUGGUCCUUUGAAGCGCAGCGAGGACCGACGCGACCGGCCCCAUCGGCUAGUGUGAGCUAUGAUUCGGAUACUACUGACUUUUGCUGGCUUGGUGGCCACUGUCCUGGGGUACGGUGAAGGUUCAGAUCCUCGUGUGGGUCGCUCGCGCGGUGCUCCCAUGCCGGGCACGCUGAGUUCUGUCGGCGGUGGCGGGGAGGAGUCACCCCCCCUCUACAAACCAGGCAGUCAAGCCUACGUAGUCUCUCAGUUCGUGAAACCGAAGCCUCCCCACCAGUACUGGGAGGAGGAGACGUCCCUGACCAUCAUCCCGGAGAACAAGAACUGCCUGCUGUGUGAGGCGCAGGACACGGGCGCCUGCCGCGCCAUGCCGUCCUGUGUGUACUGCGAGCCCACUGUCACCGCAUUGUGUGAGAGAAGCACGCCGUGUCUCAGGUGUACAGUGAUAAAGAAUCCGUUCUUCAAGUGCACUCCUGGUGAGAAGUACAUGGAUGAGUGUGACUCGUGCCGCUGCACGGACGGCCACAGCGGCUGGUGCACCAACCAAUUCUGCGAGUUCCGAUCACUGUACCUAUACGCCAUGAAACUUAGUGACGGAGAAUUCUAUUGACCACUUCAUAUUAUCUGUAAAAUACAAAGGAAGGUGACGACAGACGAAACAAAUAUUCUUAAACCUGUCUGCAAUAAUAAUAAUAAAAUAUUAAAC